AUGACUUUGAAGGAGAAGCUGCAGUUCGUGAACAGCAAGCGAUUGUGCAGCAACUGUUUAAAAUCCGGGCAUUGGGUUCGAGAAUGCAGUUCAAAGUUCAGCUGCCGAGACUGCGGAAAGAAACACAAUUCGUUGAUUCAUCCUGGAUUCCCUCUGAGCAAUGGUGGUGGAAGCAGUUCUCAAUCCUCUGGAAAAUCAAUGAAGAAGGCCGAUGGAAAGGUGUUAUCGUCAAAUUUGGUUACAAACGACGAAGAAUCAGAACAAGAGGACGCGGAACAGCGGGAAGCGGUAGGAACAUACAACGUAGGGACUAAAAGAGGAACAACAUCAAGCGUUUUCUUGUCUACUGUUGUACUGGUUGUGCGAGACCAAAACGGAGGGAAACAUCUAGCUCGAGCCUUGCUCGACAAUGGGUCGCAGGUAAGCAUCAUGAGUGAGCGCUUAUGCCAAAUACUCAGCUUAAAGCGACGGGCAGUCAACGUUCCUAUUUGCGGCAUUGAGCAAGCGGAAACACGGGCGAGAUUUCUUGUAAAAACUGCAAUCAGUUCUAGGAUCAAAGACUUCUCAAUUGGAGUCGAAUUCCUAAUUCUUCAGAAGGUGACGUCAGAAUUGCCUUCAGUUCACGUGUCGACGGCCCACUGGAACAUUCCAGGCGAUACUCAGUUGGCGGAUCCGGAAUUCAACACCAGCAGUCGGAUCGAUCUUCUAAUCGGAGCUGAACAUUUCUAUCGGUUCCUGUCUGAGCGAGAAGUCAAGCGGAUUUCCCUGGGGACUGGACUUCCAGUGUUGAUCGAUACGGUAUUCAGGUGGAUCGUGACCGGCAAAGUGUCAGAUACGUACAACAAUCCAGUAAGCUGUUUAAUUUCGGCAGCGCCAGACAAUUUGGAGAUUCUACUACAGAAGUUUUGGGAGAUAGAGAGCAACGAGGAUCAACCGGCAUGGUCCAAGGAGGAACGGGACUGCGAAGAGCAUUUCGUGAAAACAGUUAGCAGAACGGAAGAGGGACGUUACGUUGUUCACUUGCCAAAGCAUGUUAACUUCGCACAGAUGUUGGGCGACUCCAGAGCAAUGGCGCUUACAAGGUUUUUAAGGCUGGAGAAGCAGUUAGAACGGACUUUAGAGAUGCGUAAGCAGUACAAUACUUUCAUGCAAGAGUAUCUCGAUCUAGGGCAUAUGAGGGAAGUUCGUGAGGACGAACUUCGGGGGAGGAUAAUGCGAUGA